UGGUUGUAGUUUUUGUGGGCAACCAAACGCACCCGAGUGACCAGGAAGGCAGGCAGGCAGCAGAGAGAGAUAGGACUUGCGUUCGGACGCCGCACGCCUCGGCAGGCACGCGAGUCGAGUGUUGCGGCGGAGGAAGAGAUGGCGACGACGACGACCAUCGAGGACGUGCCGUCAGUGGAGCUCAUGACCGAGCUGCUCCGCCGCGCCAAGUGCAGCUCCAAGCCCGACAAGCGCAUCAUCCUCGUCGGUCCACCUGGCUCUGGAAAGGGAACACAAUCUCCCCUUAUUAAGGAUGAAUAUUGUUUGUGCCAUUUAGCCACUGGCGAUAUGCUGAGGGCUGCUGUUGCCGCUAAGACUCCUCUGGGUAUCAAGGCUAAAGAAGCUAUGGACAAGGGAGAGCUUGUUUCAGAUGACUUGGUUGUUGGGAUUAUUGAUGAAGCCAUGAAAAAACCUUCAUGUCAAAAAGGUUUUAUCCUUGAUGGCUUCCCUAGAACUGUUGUUCAAGCACAAAAGCUCGAUGAAAUGCUGGCAAAGCAAGGUGCUAAGGUUGACAAGGUUCUGAAUUUCGCAAUUGAUGAUGCAAUAUUGGAAGAAAGAAUUACUGGCCGUUUGAUACACCCAUCGAGUGGUAGAUCUUACCAUACAAAAUUUGCUCCUCCUAAGACUCCGGGAGUUGAUGAUGUUUCCGGUGAACCCUUAAUUCAAAGAAAAGAUGACACAUCUGAGGUCUUGAAAUCAAGGCUUGAAGCUUUCCACAUACAAACUGAACCUGUGAUUGACUACUACUCCAAGAAUGGCCUAGUGGCAAAUCUUCAUGCGGAGAAACCACCAAAAGAAGUGACCGCCGAGGUGCAGAAAGCUCUUUCGUGAGGGGCUUGUUUCACCUUGAAAGCGACAUGUAACAAAACCCCGUCUGGGUUUCUUAGAAGUUGUAAACUCAUACUGGCAUCCUGUGGUUCUCAUUUCCUGUCUGCAUGUGCACUAUUGCACAAUUUCAUUACAGCUUUUGAAUUACAGCUUUUGCUAGCUUGGAUUUUUUCUGAAUAAUUUUGUUUGGAAUGAGAAGUUUUUAUUAGCGGUA